UACAGCAUAACGUCUAUUUCAGCCCCGCUGUAAGUGAUACCGCACUAAGGAACACUUUCAUCAAACUCCGUUGGGGGACAGAACACUACCCAGGCUACAGCCCAUUUAUAUGUUAUUUUUUGUUGCUGAAUAAUAACCUUUACAAAAAAACUGUGCCGAAAAAGCUGAAGUUUUCAGUAAUCGUACCAAACUGUUUAAUUUUUGUGCGCUCUUGGAUGGAAGUUUAUGCGCAUUUGUUAAAACGCUGUUACACAUGAUCAAUGAAACGGUCUUCCAUACAAGCGAUUUGCACCAUUUGUUGCAAGAGAGAACAUUUUAAAACACACGCAGGGCUAUUUCAUGUAAAUCAAGCGACUUGGACCAUCAGCAUCUCUCCUGCCGCCCGCGAUUGAACCACAGUUAACCCACGAUAUCUGAAGAGGAAUUACAUAGGCUCUUUGAGUUACAAAAAAAUAUUCUGCAAUCAUUGCCUUUGCCUCUCGCAUGUGGACCAUAGACUUUUUUAGGACAUGGAUCAUUUGCUGUAGUGGAUAACCCUACCCUGAUGUGUGUUUUUUGUUUGAUUCCCGCUACCAGAAGAGGAUCUUUUUUUCUCCACUUUUCCACUUCAGUGUAAUUCUAUGGCACUUCUUCUUCUAAAGCACUGAUGUCGCUACGUGACGGGAAUUGCGAUUGAUUUUCCAUAUUCUGUUUCAAGGGAUAGAAGGUCAACAUUACUAUCACUAGUGUCAAGUAAAGACAGUGACAGAGUUGCAGCCUUAAGAAAAAAAUACUCCCACCCUCUCUGAUUAUGGACUUAGCAGGUCAUGCUCAUGUGCUGGUGGUGUUACUCACCUGCCUGGUCUUGCUGUCCUGGGCCCAAGAGAAGGACUACACGGUGAGGGAGGAGCAGCCCGAGAAUGUCCGCAUCGGGAACCUACGGAAGGACUUGGACCUGAACCUUGACCCUGACUUCAAGCUGUCCUCGCCACUGCAGUUUAAGCCCGUCUACAAAACGGGCGAUGUGCCUUUGGUGAGGGUAGAGGCCAACACCGGGGAGAUCUUCACCACGGCUCACCGCAUCGACCGAGAGAAGCUCUGCUCGGGAGUAUUCAACGAGAAGCGCUGCUUCUACGAGAUCGAGGUCGCCGUUCUGCCUGACGAGAUCUUCCGUCUGGUUAAGAUCCGGUUCCUGAUUGAGGACAUCAAUGACAACGCUCCACUCUUCCAGUCCACCGUAAUAAACAUCUCCAUCCCAGAGAACACUGCCAUCAACACCCGGUACCCCGUGCCCUCUGCAUUUGACCCAGAUGUGGGGAUCAAUGGGAUCCAACACUAUGAACUUGUCAAGAGUGUAAGUGAGUUUGGCCUAGACAUCAUCGAGACCCCAGAGGGAGACAGAUGGCCUCAGCUGAUCGUCCAGCAGAGCCUGGACCGCGAGCAGAAGGACACCUUCGUCAUGAAGAUCAAGGUGGAGGACGGAGGAACGCCACCCAAGUCCAGCACGGCCAUCCUCCAGGUCACCAUCUCCGACGUCAACGACAAUCGACCGGUCUUCAAGGACAGUGAGGUGGAGGUGAACAUCCCUGAGAACGCCCCCAUUGGAACCUCCGUCACCCAACUCCAUGCCACAGACGCAGACCUCGGCUCCAACGCCCAGAUCCACUUCUCCUUCUCCAACCAGAUCUCCUCAUCCACCAAGAGGCAUUUUUCCAUAGACAGCACCACCGGGCUGAUCACUGUCAAGCAGCCCUUAGACAGAGAAGCCACUCCGGUCCACAAACUCAUCGUCCUGGCCAGCGACGGCAGCUCCACUCCCUCCAGAGCUACGGUUAUCGUCAACGUAACGGACAUUAAUGACAACGUUCCGUCCAUAGACACUCGGUAUAUAAUGAACCUUGUAAAUGGAACGGUUCUACUGUCAGAGAAUGCUCCUCUCAACACAAAAAUAGCCCUAAUUACAGUGACGGACAAGGACUCGGAUCUGAACGGCAAAGUGACUUGUUACACUGACCAUGACGUUCCUUUCAGGUUAAAGCCAGUCUUUAAUGACCAGUUCCUGCUGGAGACUGCGGCCCCCUUAGAUUACGAAACAACCAGGGAAUAUGCAAUUAAGAUAGUAGCGUCGGAUUCAGGGAAGCCUCCUUUGAACACGUCAGCGAUGGUUUUAAUAAAAAUUAAGGACGAGAAUGACAACGCUCCCAUCUUCCCUCAACCUGAGAUUCAGCUGUCCAUACCAGAGAACAAUGAUCCAUCCACGCAGCUCAUAAAGAUCAGUGCCACGGAUGCCGACAGCGGACAUAAUGCAGAGAUUAUUUAUUCUCUUGGCCCUGACGCUCCUGAUGGAUUUAACAUAGAUCGACGGUCAGGAAUCCUCUCCGUUGGCAAACGCCUGGACAGAGAGAAGCAGGAGAAGUAUUCGUUCACUGUCAUGGCGAGGGACAAUGGGUCUACUUCCCUGCAGAGCAAUGUCACAGUGAGGUUAAUAGUGCAGGACCUCAACGACAACAGCCCAGCUUUCACCCAUCCUGAGUAUAACUUCUAUGUGCCUGAGAACCUGCCUCUGUACGGGACCGUGGGCCUGAUCACCGUCACAGAUUCUGACGCAGGUGACAACUCCGUCAUAACACUGUCCAUCCUGAAUGGAAAAGACAAUUUCCUUAUUGAUCCCCAGACCGGUGUAAUCAAACCCAACCUCACGUUUGAUAGAGAGCAGCAGAGCUCAUACACUUUUAUGGUGAAGGCUAUAGACGGAGGGCAACCACCCAGCACUUCAUAUGCCAAGGUCACCAUAAACGUUGUGGAUGUCAAUGACAAUCGACCCGUUUUUGUUAUCCCCUCGUCCAACUACUCUUACGAUCUGGUCCAGUCUACCACCAGCCCUGGGUCUGUGGUCACCAGGGUGUUCGCUAUAGACAAUGACACUGGCAUGAAUGCUGAGCUGCAGUACAGCAUCAUUGGGGGAUCACCAAGAGGGCUGUUUGCCAUAGACAAAACAACUGGUAAUAUAACUCUGCAGGAGAAGAUAGUCUCAGCCGAUCAGGGUUUACACAGGCUAGUGGUGAAAGUCAAAGACCUGGGCCAGCCAGAGUCCUUACACGCAAUCGCCCUCAUUCACCUGUUCAUUAACGAGACUGUAUCCAACGCUACGUUCAUUCAAGAGCAGCUACGUAAGAGCUUGGAGACUCCAUUGGACCGUAACGUGGGAGACAGUGAGGUCACACCCCAAGCCAACGGAUACGUGAUUGUUGUCAUCGCUAUUAUAGCUGGGACUAUGACAGUUAUCUUAGUCAUCUUCGUGACGGCCUUGGUGCGCUGCCGUCAGACGCCCAGGCACAAAGUGGUGCAGAAGGGCAAGCAGAGCGGCGAGUGGGUGUCGCCCAACCAGGAGAACCGUCAAAUCAAGAAGAAAAAGAAGAAAAAGAAGAGAUCCCCUAAGAGCCUCCUCUUGAACUUUGUCACCAUAGAAGAAUCCAAGCCUGAUGAUCCCAGCCAGGAGCACAUUAAUGGAACCCUGGACCUGCCUGUGGAGCUAGAUGAGCAGACCAUGGGGAAAUACAACUGGGCCACUACGCCUACCACCUUCAAACCUGACAGCCCAGACUUAGCCAAGCAUUACAAGUCUGCCUCCCCCCAGCCAACCUUCCAAAUCAAACCAGAGACCCCGAUGGCGCCCAAUAAACACCACGUGAUUCAGGAGCUCCCGCUAGACAACACGUUUGUGGUGGGCUGUGACUCGCACUCCAAGUGCUCCUCCACCAGCUCAGACCCGUACUCGGUCUCAGAGUGCAGCUGUCAGGGGGGAUUCAAGACUUCUGGGCAAAUCCACACCAGACAGGAGACGGCACUGAAACCACCACUCUAUGACACACUCUGUGGCUCAGGUACAAGUCGCUGCCACAGGAUAAAAAUCAAUCUCUAGCUGCCAGUACCUAGAGAGAGAAAGAGAGAGGGAGAGAGAGAGAGAGGGAGGAAGGCACAGACGAAGAGGUGAAUCUCAUACUAUACAGUCUCUACAGCCUCAAAACACCAACCAUCAAAAGGAAUAUGUUAAUUUGUUUUAUUUUAUUUUUUUGUGGGCGAAAAAAAUAAAAAAGUAUUUACUUGAAUAAUUUUCACCGAAAUGAAGACACGUCGUUGCCUGCCUGAAACUUGACAAAGCUCUACUUGUUAAACCUGUAGGAGGUUUGAAAUACUUCACAGAAACCCUAUAGCAUCACUUAUCUCGUAUCUAUCUCCUAGAUGAUGACACACGGUAUGACCCACCGCCCUGUAAAUAUAAUGAACCGUUAUUAUGUACCAUAUGUUUAUAUGUAUGUAUAUUAUGUAUAUUUAUCACAGAGUUGACUUUGUUUAUUUUUAUUGAUUCUGUUUGAGUAAAGUUUGACCUACACUCUUAGAAAUAAGGGUUCCGUAUGGGUUUCUAAGGUUGUUCCCAUAGGCAGAACCUUUCUUGGUUCCAGGUAGAACCCUUUUUUUUGGUUCCAGUUAGAACUCUUCUGGAUUCCAUGUAGAACCCUUUUUUUUGGUUCCAGUUAGAACUCUUCUGGAUUCCAUGUAGAACCCUCUGUGGAAAGGCUCCUACAUGAAACUCAGAAGGAUUUUUACCUGGAACCAAACAGGGUUCUUCAAAGGGUUCUCCUGUGGGGACAGCUGAAGUACCCUUUAAUGUACUAGAUAACACCUUUUUUUCUAAGAGUGUGCCAAGAGGCUAUUUUAUUUCACUUGCUUUUGAAUCCAUUGAAUUCGCUAUUUUUUGGGGGGGGAGGCUCAUGGAUAUAGUGACUUGUAAUGUAUGAUGCUGCAAUCUUGGCCUAAUGCAAAUGGGCCUUAAUGCAAAUUGGCCUACUGCUAAUAGGCCUACAGCAAAUUGGCCUACUGCUCAUGGGCCUACUAUGUGACUGUUCUGUACUUUUAUGUCAAUGAUCACCUCAUAUCAUCCCAUACACUUACAGUGCCACAGUUAGUGUUAGCAGUGAAGAGCGUGGCUAGUGUUAAUAUAUAUGGCCCACUGGACUGGAACACCACAGCUAACUGUUAGUACUGAAGAGUGUGGCAAGUGGAUGGCCCACUGGACUGGAACACCACAUUGUCUACUGAUUGUCACCGUGGGACAGUAGGGAAUUGUACCUCAUAAUAGAGUUUACUACUUUGAGCCACAAUCACAAGGGACGGAAUGGCUUGGUUCAUAGCAGAGCACCAUGGUUUAACCUGUACUAGAGUCAGUUAGACAGCUUCAUAGCACAGCACCAUGAGUUAACCUGUACUAGAGUCAGAUAGACAGCUUCCUAGCACAGCACCAUGAGUUAACCUGUAUUAGAGUCAGAUAGACAGCUUCAUAGCAGAGCACCAUGAGUUAACCUGUACUAGAGUCAGAUAGACAGCUUCAUAGCAGAGCACCAUGAGUUAACCUGUACUAGAGUCAGUUAGACAGCUUCAUAGCAGAGCACCAUGGUUUAACCUGUACUAGAGUCAGAUAGACAUCUUAUCAGUAGAGCACCAUGGUUUUACCUUAGUAUAUUUGAGUCAGAUAGACAGUUUAUCAGUAGAGCACCAUGGUUUAACCUGUACUAGAGUCAGAUAGACAGCUUAUCAGUAGAGCACCAUGGUUUUACCUUAGUAUACUAGAGUCAGAUAGACAGUUUAUCAGUAGAGCACCAUGGUUUAACCUGUACUAGAGUCAGAUAGACAGCUUCAUAGCACAGCACCAUGGUUUAACCUGUACUAGAGUCAGUUAGACAGCUUCAUAGCAGAGCACCAUGGUUUAACCUGUACUAGAGUCAGUUAGACAGCUUCAUAGCAGAGCACCAUGUUUUUUUAAAAUCUUUAUUCAAAUAGGAAAGCCAGUUUUAAGAACAAAUUCUUAUUUCCAAUGACAGCCCAGGAACAGUGGGUUAACUGCCUUGUUCAGGGGCAGAACGACAGAUUGUCAGCUCGGGGAUUCGAUCGUCCAAGCCUAUCGGUU